AUGCCACAACAAACAACCUUCCGCAUAGCCCUAGACUGGACCCCCAACACCCUCCACAGCGGCCUCUACCUCGCGCUUCAUCACGGCUACUACCAAAAGCACAACCUCUCCGUCGAACUCCUCCCACCCGAUGCCCAAUACACCAAGACACCCGCCAAACGCCUCGCAGGCAGUGAAGUAGACCUCGCCAUCUGUCCCUCCGAAUCCUGCAUAGCCUACAACGAGUCCGGCGCACUUCAACUCCAAGCCAUCUACGCAAUACUUCAAGAGGACGCAGCAGCCAUCGUAGGGCUGGAGAACAACUUGAACAGGAUAGGAGAUCCGGGACAGGGGAAGAAGUAUGGAAGCUAUAACGCGCGGUAUGAAGACGCCAUCGUGGCUGAGAUGGUGAAACAAGACGGCGGGAAUGAUCAAGGCAUCGAGAUUGAGAGAAGUGAGGGCAAGUUGAACAUGUUUGAGGCUGUGAAGUCUGGGAAGAUCGAUGCUACCUGGAUUUUCGUGCCGUGGGAAGGAGUUGAGGCGGAGCUUGAAGGUGUGAAGGCGAAGAAUUUCAGGCUGGAGGAUUAUGGGAUACCGUAUGGGUACAGUCCUGUCAUUGCGAGGAAUGCGGGCAAGAGCCCUUCGGAUGACGUGCUGAGGGCCUUCGUGCAGGCGACGAGGCAGGGGUAUGAACAUGCUAUGAAGCAUCCGGAGGAUGUGGUGGAAGUGUUGAGGGAGGUGUGCGUGCCGAAGAGGAGCGAAGAGUUCUUGAGGAAGAGCCAGGAGAGCAUCAACCAUUACUAUUCUGAUGGGAAGGGCAAGCUAGGUUCCAUGGAAGCAGCGAAGUGGACAGCUUGGUUGAAAUGGUUGAGGGACCGUGAGAUGCUGAUUGAGGAUUCACCGGUGACCGAGGAGAAGAUCUUCACCAAUGAGUUCGCUGAGUAG